UCGUCGUUCAAAAUGGCAGCCACCUCAAAGGGAACCCAUGCCUUGCCGAAUAAAUCUAGCAAUACUAGUCCAAGAGAAGACAAUGGACGUUCCAAAAAUGAUGAAAAAUCGGCACCAACAGAAGGCCUUCAAAGUGUAUCCAAGUCUGAGGAUCCCACGCAAUCUGGGCGCAUUAGAUUCAACCAAGGGCGAAAAAUACAGAUCAAAAACAUACCGCCGAAUUCGAACAGAAAGGACAUUGAACAGCUUCUGCAGAAAUAUGAUGUAAAAGAUGUGGACAUAAACAUCAAUGUAAAGCAAGCAAUAGUAACGUUAAAUGAUGGUUGUUUAGCUGAAGAAGUUGUCCAUGAAUUAGAUGGUCAAUCUAUCAAGGAUACACCUGUAUCUGUGUGUAUAUUACCAUAUACAAAUCUUCUGUGUAUUGCCCAUCUACCUAAACAUUUCACAGAUCAAGACUUUUCUGAUUUGGUGACCAAGUACUCAACCGUUGAAAGAUGUUUCUUGAUGCGAUUUGAAACAACAGGUGAAAGUCUUCAUUAUGGUUUUGUACAGUUUAAUGAAGAAGUAGAUUGGAACGAUGCUAAGGAAGAAUUUGAUUGGCGUGUUGUAGAAGGAUGUCAAUUACAUGCUGAAUAUGUCGAUAUCUGUACCGACUAUAGUAAACUGUAUUCUAGAUGUUUGUUUAUCAGUAAUCUACCCAAGUCAUUUAAAGAAGCCUAUAAACUACGAGAAAUAUUUAAUUGUAUAGCUAGUCCUAUAUAUUGUCAGAUAAUGUUGAAGGAUAAUGAAUCAUUAGGUUAUGGUAUUAUAGAAUAUAAACAGGCCAGUGAAGCUAGAGAUACAUGGUUUAAAUUAUCAGAUUAUAAAUUACAAGAUGUUAGUCUCAAUGUAUCAUUCUGUGUUCCUGAUAAACCUGCUGUCUUUAUAUACAACCGAAUUAUGUUAAAAUUGGAGAGUAAAAAUCCAACGAAAGGAAGUUUGUUACCUGAUCCAGUGAUAACCAAUCCAGUCUCAAUAAAUAAUCCUCUAGUCAAAGGUUUGGCCAAUCAAAGCCCAGAAUUAAUGAAGAACUUUAUGCAAGCUUUGAAUCAUUUACAAACAGUAUACCAAAAUCAGAUAACUACACCUUCAAACAAACCAGGUUUACUUGGUCCUGCCCCCUCUUUACCACUCAGUCCUGCGAUGAAUCCUAACAUGCAACUGGGUUUAAUGAUAUUUUUGGCAACUCAGAUGCAGAAUAAACUGACUCAACAGUUUACUGGACCACUAGCAGCUCAACUGAAUAUACUACAAAAACUUGGACAACAGAAGAACUUGACAGAUGUAAAGCCAUCUUUAUUAGGUGAUCCAUUAACAUCUCAAGCUAAUCUGGUUAUACAGACGUUAACAGCUCAAGUUAAAGGAAACCAGAAUAUUACACAAAUACUACAAAAUACACGAGAUCUUAAUCUUAAUCUAUUGAUGAACCUCGGUCAAAUCAUGUCCAAUAUUCAAAAUAAGAAAAAACCUGAAAGCAUCCUGACAAAAAACAUUCCUCCUCCACAGAGCGGACUCUUCCCUACCCCCAUGUUUCCUCCAUCAAAUAAUAACCAAGGAAAAGGCGGACCGAACGCCAACGGAAAUUCGUUUCUACAAAACAUACAAGGAAAUCUCCAAAAACAGUUUACAUCAAACGCCGGACCUAAACCAUUAAUGGCUAACUUCCAACAAUUAUCAGCCAUGAAAUCUAACCCUACUUCCUUGUUAGGAGAGCCGCCUGCAUAUCUACCGAAAGUUCAGAAUUUAAAUGCUAGUAAAGGAAUGUCAAUGGGAAGUGGUUAUCCUUCAUUGAACAGAGCUAGUGAGUCUAGUAGCUAUGGUAACAGGGGAAGUUACUCUGGAGGGCAAGAUUAUGGUCAAUAUAAUGACUCUGGUUAUUGGGCUGAUAACACUAAUGAUAGUACUAGUGAAGAUCCUUUUCAAGACAUUCCUUCUAAAUAUCAGUCAGGAACAGAUUAUAGAAGAGAAGAUAUUUAUAACCAAUAUCCAAUGUUAAAUACAAACACUAAUAAUUCCAAUUUUUCUAGUCAAAAGAAUGUUUCAAAUAUUUAUCAAAAGAACGACACCUUACAGCAACAAAAAUAUCCAGCCAUAGCCCCGUCCGCACCUCGUGCAUCCAACUAUCAGACCAAUACCAAUGAACUAUUAACAACACCAAGAACAACAUAUUCAGCCAAACAAGUUGACUAUACAACAUAUACAGACUAUAACAAAAAUACAAAUUCCCUAUUCCCAACAAACUCAGUGUACAAUACCAAUAAUACCGGUGCUCAGAUUAAUAACUACAGUGGCAACAGAAAUAUUUUAAACUAUCAAGACAACUCGUCUUAUAAUAUACGAACAGCAAAUAGUGACUAUGAUUUUAAUUCAAUGCAGCCAUCAAAAUAUCCCACAAACAGCUCAUCAAAUUAUAAAUUCGGUUAUCAAGGUAGUAAUUAUAAAGAUGAAUCUUUUAAUCUUGAUAACAGUUCAUCUUACACUCCUGCUCCACCACCAUCUUCAUAUGUUCUAAAAACUCCUGUUGGCCAGAAACGCUCAUAUAGUCAGUUACUUCCAGCUCCUGAACCAAGUCCUGAAGGUUCGUACAUUGGACAACAUUCGCAGGGCCUCGGUGGGCAUUAUGCUGAUUCUUACUCCAAGAGAAUCAAACUGGAUGAUAGAUUCCAGUAACUACCUGAUUCAAUCCUGCCUUGGAACAAUUUCUGUAUACAUAGCUCUGUUAUAUUUAUAUCAAACCAAUCAGAAUUCAAUUUCAAUGGUGCAGUUGUAUAUUUUUCAAUUGAUUUUGAAUUUUACUUCGUAAUAUUUUCAUUAGUAAUCAUGGAUCAUUCUCCAUUUAGAAAUCAUGGAUUAUUUUCCAUUUUCUAAUUAAAAAUCAUAGAUCAUGUUACUUUGAAAUCAUGGAUUAUUUUCCACUUUUACUUAGAAAUCAUAGAUUAUUUUCCAUGUUUUUUAGAAAUCAUGGAUUAUUUUCCAUUUUUACUUAGAAAUCAUGGAUUAUUUUCCAUGUACCUUAGAAAUCAUGGAUUAUUUUCCAUGUUCCUUAGAAAUCAUGGAUUAUUUUCAAUUUUUACUUAGAAAUCAUGGAUUAUAUUUCCACUUAAGAGAUCAUAGAUUGUUUUCGUUUUCCACUUGGAUAUCAUGGGUUAUUUUUCUAUUUUCAUUUACAAAACGAAUAUUAUUUUCUCUUUUGACUUGGAUGUCAUGAAUCAUUUUUCACUUUUACUUAGAAAUCAUGGAUUAUUUUCCAUGCUCCUUUGAAAUCGUGGAUUAUUUUCCAUGCUCCUUUGAGCAUAGAUUAUUUUCCACUUUUAAUUAGAAAUCAUGGAUUAUUUUUCACUAAGCUCAAAGAUAUUUUGUAGCUUAUUUAAUUAUAUGUACUAAUAGUUGAACGAAUUUGUCAAAGCAUGGGUUUUUUGUUAUGUGGUGUUCGGCCAUUUUGUCCUGAUAGCCCUACUUACAUAGGUAAGGUAGGUAGGUUAUAUAUACAUAUAUAUAUAUUAUUAUAAUAUCAAUAGUAAAAGUAUGAUUGCCAAUAUUUUGAAUACUUAUUAGUUACUAGUUAAUACAAUAGGAUUUAUAAUAUCAAAAUAAAACUCACCAUGGCCAGAAUAUUAUCAAACACAUCAAGAGAUGUAUUUUGUGAAUUAGUAGGCACCUAAUAGUGAACAAAAGCAACUUUGCGAAUUACUAGGCACCUAAUAGUGAACAAAGGCAAAUUUGUGAAUUACUAGACACCUAAUAGUGAACAAAGGCAAAUUUGUGAAUCACGAGUCACCUAAUAGUGAACAAAAGCAACUUUAUGAAUUACUAGGCACUUGAUAGUAAUAGUGAACAAAAGUAAAUUUGUGAAUUACUAAGGCAUCUAACGGUGACCAAAGUAACUUUGUGAAUUACUAGACACCUAGUAGUGAACAAAGGCAAAUUUGUGAAUCACUAGUCACCUAAUAGUGAACAAAAGCAACUUGGUGAAUUACUAGGCACUUGAAUUACUAAGGCACCUUCUAAUGAACAGCAGUAACUUAGUGAAUUACUAGGCACCUAUUAGUGAACAAAGGUAACUUGGUGAAUUAAUAGGUACAAUAGAAGCCUUUUCAUGUAUCUAUAAAAGUUGUAGUAUUGGCAAAUAUUUGUGGUUAUUUCAUUCUAACAUAUCAUAAUUGGCUUUAAUUUAUUACAAAAGAUAAUUCUUACAAUAAAAAAAUCUUCAUUCAAUUAAAGAAUUUACAUCAUUGAAAUAUCUUCUUUUUUUUGUCUCAAUUUUAAUUCUUUUUUUAUUAUUUUGUAUAUUGUACAUGUUUCUUAUUCACCUUAAUUCUUUAUCUUCUAUUCUGAUAUUAUCAAUAUCUUUUACUUCUUUUUUCUAUCUCCUAUACCUUUAAAUUCAAAUUCUUUUUCAGCUUUCUUUUCAGUUUUAUCUUUUAAAUUUCUCUUGUUCUUUUGUACAUAUAUUUCUUAUUGUUAAGUUAAAAGUAUCAUUUAUUGGUCGAAAUUAAUUGGUUGUGCUGUCAAUGGUUCUUAGCGAAGGCUACUUUAAUUUGUUUAGUUUUAUCUUUAAAUUUAAUAUUUUCUGGUCAAAUUAAUAUUAUUUGUUAGGAUAUAAUCCGUAAGAUAAAUUUUUUUACAGAUUAGAAGGUAGAUAAUUCAUCGAGAGAUUUAUUCCACGAUCUUGACUAUAGUUCAUCAGUAUCAAAAUAUGUCGGAGAUAAACUCUGUUAAAUGGAAUUAAGAAACUAUAGACUUAAAUAUUUUGUCAGGCAUAGUAGAGCAUUAAUUCUAAUAAAAGCAUUAAUUCAAUGUAAAGACAGCUUGUGUAUUACAGUAUUAUACAUAGCCUUAAAGUUAAAGUAUGGGUUUUUUAAACAGUUAUGUGGGAAGAAAAAAAAUUAAUUUUAAAUCUAUUGAAUUGAGAAUGGUAAAGGUAGUUACGGAAGUAAGGGAAUAGUAGCUUUGCAAUUGUUUUUUAAAUUUUGUUGGCAAGGUAAUGUGUCUUUGUAGGAAAAAAUUAAGUACAUCCUAUCUCUGUAACCAAAUUCGCUGGACAGAAUCAAACAGAAAGAAAAAAUAUUUCUGAUUCUGUUGUAGAUAUUUUCAUUUAAUUUAAGAUACAGUAAAUAUAGAAUUCCAUAUGGGUGGAUAUCCCCUAUGUAAAUAUUGUUAAUACCAUAAUGUCUUUCAGAUAGACGUAUAUAUAUAUAUAUAUUGUAUUUUAAUAAGUCGUGAUAAUAUAUGGAUUAUCUCGUCUUGUAUUGCUAUUAUUACUCUCUUCUUUACAUACACAUCGAAAAAAAACAAAAACAUACAUCAAUUAAUUUAAAAUUUCAUAAUUAUUCUGAAAUACUAUAAAUUUUGAAAAGCGUUGAAAAUAAAAAAAAUCAAAUUCUAAAUUGCUUCGAAUCACUAUAAAUUUUAAAAACCAAUAAAAUAUCUUCUUUUUUGUUUUUUCUUUUUUUUUUCAUUAAAACAUUUUGUGAGUACAUUUCUUUUAUAGAAUUAGAUACUAUUACACUGAAUUUGUUUAGGAAUUGAAUGUCAAAUUUUUUAGGUUUACGGCUGUAUAAAGUUUAGUUGGUCGCUUAUUAAAUUCUUCACAAACAAUGUAUUGUAAAUUGACUUAUUUUAAAUCAUUUUCAUGUGUUUAUCUUUUGCAUUUUUUCUUUUAUCCUACUUUUAAAUAACAAAUUAUUUUUCUUUGCUUUUCUGUACUAGAAAUAGAAAGCUUUUAUAAAUAAAGUUCUGUUAAUUAAAUCCGAUUAGCAAAGACCUCUCUGUAUAAUUCUUCAAAGCAAUACUAAAGAUAUUAAUGGCAUUUAGUAAUUGAACAGGAAAACAGGUCACAGUGCUAUACAAUACAGUUAUUGCUUAUAACUGGGCAACUUUUCCACUAGGCUUUAUAAAGACAAUAAAAGCCUAGUGGAAGUGUUACUCACUUAUAAGCACUAAUUGCAUUCCAUAGAAUUGUGACCUAUGUAUUUCAUAAUCUUUCAAUCUGAUUAAAACACAGAUCCUAUUUCGUUUCGUUUUUCAUAGUCCAAAAUUCCAUUUUAAUUGUCUUUACUACACUAGGAUUUGAAAGUUAUAUAAGCUGCAUUCUGGUUGAUGUGAGGGAUUAGCCAGUGAAGAAGUCUAUUGCAGCAAGUUCUUGGCAUGCGAUGCACGGAACUGUGGGUAUCCUACUAGAAACAUCAACGCUGAUUAGUUAAUCAAAUGUCUGACGUCAUAAGGCAAAAACAGCUCGUAUGACCCCUGACACGACCUCCCACUACAACUGGUCAGAUCUUUAUGUAGUAAAGGCGAUCAAAAGUAUUAAAGAAACGAAACGAAGUAUAGAUCUGUAUUUUAAUCUGAUUGAUGAUCUCUGUCUUUAAUUAUAAAAUAUCUGUUCUGUUUAUAAUGUUGAGAAGCUCAUCCAAUUCACUUGUUGAAAUUAUAACACCAUUUAUCUUCACAACAAUGAAGAGAUAAUUAAUCUCUGCUAUAAAUUAUAUUUUUUGAAUCUUUGAUUCAUUCCAGAAGACAAAAUAAAGUCUAGGACAAUUUAAAAUUUA